AUGGGCUCGUCGUUGACCUCCUGCUGCGGUUCUGAGAAGGUCGAGCAAGGGUGCGUGAGCGCGUCGCCCAUGAGCAGCACGUGGAGGAUAUUCAGCUACAAGGAGCUGCAGGCCGCCACCAACGGCUUCAGCGAGGAGAACAAGCUCGGCGAGGGCGGCUUCGGCAGCGUCUACUGGGGCAAGACAUCCGACGGCCUCCAGGGUGAGCCCGACCACCGCCCGGACAUGCGCACCGUCGUCCGCAUCCUGCGCGGAGACAACGCCGCCGCCGCCGCCACGGUGGGGCGUGCUGGCAAAGGGGACCAGAAGGUGCCGGUGAGGAUCGAGAGCGUCAAGUACGCGGACCGCCUGAUGGAGAUGGACAAGAGCAGCUCGUACUACGACGAGCCUCAGGACUGGGACGAGGAGGAGGAGGAAGGAGACGACAUCGACGACGACAAGGUGGAGUACUCAAUGAUAGAUGACAAAAGUAGCAUGAACUUCGGGGCGUUUGGCGCCAUGCCAGUGCAGCAGACCAUGCACGACCCCUACGUCAAGAGGAUCUCGGGAAAUGCUAAUGCUAUCAAGAUCUAA